GUUACCUUUUCGAACAAGUGAUCCUAGUGAGUUAGUACACGUAAAGCUCAGUUAUGGCUGUCCGGUCAUCCUUAUGUUGAGUGAGUUCCAAUAUCUCGGUAAAGGACUAUAUAUCCUCUCUUCUUAUCCUUGAGGUGAUUGGAGAAAUGUUUCGUCAUCGAUUAAGGGGUGGCCACAAAGUAGGAGCUCCAAAUAAUGUGACACGAUCUCUUCCUGACCAAACUAACCUUUCUCAGCAAACGGGUAAUUUGGCCGGACCACAGUCACAGUAUGGUGCCUCUAUGCAGCCACCCCCUCAGUCUGGGCCAACUAUGGAUGCAAGGCAGGUUGGGCAACAACAGCAACAGCAGACAGGAAACAACAAUUGGGCUUGGGGAGGUGGUAGUUCAGAUGGUGCAUGGAACUGGGGAGAUAGUGCAGCUUGGUCCUUGAAAAACACAAAUCAAACCACUAAUCAGCACCAACAGCUGAUUCAGCAGCAGCAGCAGCCUGUGCUGAGUCAGCAACUCCACCAACAGCCACCUCAGCAGUAUAAUCAGCAUCAUGCUUAUUCUCAUUUGCAACAUACUUCACAACAGCAGUUCCCUGAAGCAGUUCAAGAUGUCACAUAUAGUAAUCCGCAUGCAACUAGUACUACUAGUACAACAUUUCAUCAGGGCCAUGUUCCUACUAAUAUUCCACUGCAGCCUCAGUUCCAGCAGUAUGUAAAUGGUGACAGUCAAAAUGGCCAGGGGACUGAUGAGUGGGGUGCAGAUAAUUGGGGUGAUGACUGGGGCAAUACAGAAUCCUACAAUAAUAAUAAUAAUAAUAUACCAGCUAAUUAUGUAAAAGAAGAAAAUCGGCAAAAACAACACCAGGACUACCACAGUUACCCUCACCAAGAAGAAGAAGAAAAGGAACAGCAACAGGUGCAUCAUGGUUAUCAACAACAACAAGAACACCAACACCAAGAGUACCAUCAUCAACAACAAUAUUUUCAACCUCAUCAACAAGAGCAUGAGCAUCAGCAACAAUCACCACCAGAUGCUUGCCAACAGCAAAUAGAAAUUCGGUAUGAGCACCAUCCGCAGCAGGAGCUCCAACAACAACAUAAUACUCAGCAUCACCAACACAUGCAUCCUCAGGAAUACAACCAAUCACUGCAGCAGUCUUCUGAGAAAACCCAGCAGUCUACUGAGGAUGAUUGGGGUUGGGGUAAUGAUGAUUGGCAAGUAAAUGGACAGACAUCUGAACGGCAUCAGGAAAACAUUCAUCAGUUAACCUCUCAGAAACCUGCUGACUCUCAACAGAACCUUCAGCUUACACACAGUAGUGAUGAACUGGCUCUUCCUGGAGAAGCAGAAUCAGGUAACCAUUCGCAGAAAAGUGUAUUGCCUCAGCGGACGGUGAGUAGAGAUUCGCCUGGUGAUGGAUGGCCGGACUGGGAAGCAGAGCAACUUCAGGUACCAGAAGUGGUUUCAAAAUUAGUGCAACAAAACCAAGUAUCAGAAGAAAAGACAACAGAUGAUUCAGCUGAAAAAAAUUCAACUUCAUUACAAAUUGAUGAGAAACAAGGGGCACAGUCCCAGCAGCUGCAGCAAUGGGAUGAUGGCUUAGGACACAAUGAAUUCAGUAAAUGUGUGGAAGAUGUGUGUGCUCCAGUGUCAGAUGGUUAUACAGCAUUACAAGAUAGUGGUACACUUCCUGCCAGUGUAUCAAGGAGUAAUUCUCUAUCACCAAAUAAUACUGGAUUGCACAAUAUUAAUAACGACUCCUGGGGACAGAAAUCUAAUGGGACAAGUAUUGUACAGGAUAUUACAGGUGAUUAUGUUGGAAAUGAGGAACACCAAUUGCAUUUUUCUGAAAAACAGAAUGUCCUCAUGCAACAAACUCAGGUGCCAAGUAAUAAUACCACUGUUAGCAAUGCCCCAUUUUCUCCCUCAGAAAGUUGUAAAAGUCAAUCAGAUGUGAUGGAAACUGCUGUAUUAGAUGAACCUCCAACACCUGUCAUGCUAAAUAACUUGGAUGAUAGAUGGGGUGAUGGAUGGGGGGAGAGAGAGACACCUCAAAACCCAGAAGCAGUUGAUAAAGUUGAUGAGCAAAAUGUACAGAAAUCUGAAGAUUAUCCUGAUUCUGAGCAAGUGCAGUUACAUAAAGGAACUCUGCAGUUUGCUGAAUUUCAGUUGUCAGACAAUAAGAUUGACACAUCUGUUACUCCUGUACUUUGCAAUUCUGAGCUGUAUCCUCAGGAUAUUAACAAACACCAACCACGUGAAUUUCAAGCUGGUGAAAAUAAACCCAGUGAACAGCAAGAAUUUAUUGAUGAUGAAUAUAGUAGUAGAGAUAUGACUAAAUCAGAAGGAUGGGAUGGUGAAUGGGAUCAAGAAUUUGUAAUUACUAAAUCAAUGGAAAGUACACAACAAGCAACUGUGACAGAAUCUUGUAUUCACGAAAUCCCAAAAUACAAUGUAGAAAUUGCAUCAAAAACUCUUGAUACUUUAACUCUCUUAGACAAUCCAGAGGAUGUAAAGGAAUCCCAUGGAUAUCCUGAGGAGUCUUUUGCACUUAAAUAUCCUGCACAGAUGUCUCAACAUCACCACUUAUCCCAUCAAGCACAAGAGUCCCAACUUUGUUCCACGUCGGAAGAAAUUUCCAUACUUGAUUCAAAAUCUCAGUUUCAACCAAGAGCUGAGGCAUCAUCUCAGAAUUAUCAACUGGGUCAUGAAUCAUUUGGUGAUUUGCAAACAGCUCAAGAAUCUUGUAACCAGAUUGAGUCAGCAGCCCAGCAAGGAACACAGUUUCAUUAUAACUCUCAUCAAAGAUCAGAAGAGCUUGUACAUCAGUAUGAGCCACAAAAUUGCCAAUUAAAGCAAAUUUAUGAACCUCAAACAACCUAUACUUCAGAACCUGAAUCAAGACCUUUACUCCUAAGUGAACCUAAACAGUCAUAUCAAGAUAGCCAGUUUCAACCAUCAACCACAGAUCAACCUCUCAACCAGUGUGAAGCCCAUUUGCCUACUGAGAGCAGCCGUAGUUAUCAACAGUAUCAAGAGGUGAACCGAGAGAUUAUGCCAGCACCUCCAGUGCCUGAUCCUAUUUUCUCAAGAAUUCCUGAUGGAGCAUCAUCCAUUCCUGAAGCACCCACUGGUAUUGCAGGUGUAGCAGAGGAUGGAAGCAAUCAGGUAUUAGAGGAUGUUCAUCAGCCUUUAGUAAAGAAUACUAGCCAGGAGGUAUCUGAACGACCAUCCUCCUCUCAUUCUGUUAGCUCUCCCUCUCAUCCUGUCCGUCCUUCAUCUUCACACACUUUACCAGAUCGUCCGGCCUCCAACCAGUCUGCUCACUCAGUGCAUUCCACUCAUUCUGCUUGGUCAUCUCAGUCAGCACACUCGACACACUCAGUUUUAAGUCAAAACCAAGAAGUUCCUUUAGAUGAAAACUCUAAAGUGCAUGUACAUCAAUCACCUAUUAACCUAGCCACUCAAGGGAAAGAGAGUGCUAUUGAAGUGCCUACAAAUACAGCCUCAUCUGUGGAUGGUGAUACAGACCCAACAGUCCUUCCUGCUAAUAAUCCUGAAGGUCCACCACCAGUGUCUGGACCUCUUGGUGUAGUGCCAAGUUUAAGAGCCAGGAAGGGUAGUCCUUUCCAACCACCCACAACUAAGCUUUCUUCACCUGGCUCUUUCUCGGUGCAGACAUAUCAACCAGAGGUUUUUUCUCCACCCCAGACUGCUACUAGUAAUAUAUCCUCUGUGCCUCUUCCAGUCUGUCCUGAUGUGGGUGCUAAUCUUGAAACCCCUCCCGAUAAUAAUGAGCAACCUUCUGCUCCACAAAAAUCUGGAGUACCUCUGUGGUCCAGCUCAGAAAAUGUUUCAGUGGGUGUUAAGCUAGUUGUUGCUGCCCCUAUGAUAGACACUCUAGCUCCAGUCCAACCUCCUCUCUCAUCUAACGCCAUUCCUUUAGUAGUUCCCACCAUGAUUAAGGAGGAAAAGACUGAAACGGACUCGUGUAUAAACAAUCAGCAAGCUACUAUUGUUAAUCCAGAACCUCCUGCUGCUCACAGUGCUAAUUCACAAGCUUUAGUAGUAAAGCCAAAAAUUCAGUCCCUUUCUAGCAUGCCUGUUAAUCCUACUUCUCCAGCUGUUUUAGACCUGUCGAGGUCAUCCAGAUCCAAAGUUGAAUCCAGAGGUGAUGGAUCACAAGAUAUAACUAACACACCAAACUUCAGUCGUAUGGUUCCAGGGGAAUCCAGCAAAGGUGAAUCCACUUCUGUAUCUACUUACCAAGCUCCCUCUGUUGUUCCAUCAAUGCCAUCAGAAAGGGUAGUAACAGGGAAUGAUAAUCCACAACCAGUGCUUCCAGUACGAAUUAAACAGGAACCAUCAGAAAUCAGGUCCCCACCUGAUGGCCCAUAUACCAGUGACUUAUCCAGUCAGGGGGCUUCUGUAGUGCCACCUGUUCGAAGUGAGACUAUUGGUUCAGAGGAACCCACUUCACGUAACUUUGCAUCGGCAAAUUCAGGGAGCCGUUCUGACUUGGCCAGUGAUCACAGAGUUGAAAGAAGUGGACGCUGGGAAAGAGACCACUCACGUGAUGGGGAGAGUAGGAGCAGCGAUCGGUAUCAUGACAGGAGCCGUGAGCACAGCCGAGACUAUUAUAGAGAUAGAGAUGAUUCUCCACACAGCAGGCAUUCUUAUGAUCGUGAUUAUGAUAGGAAGUAUGUUGACGACAGGAGACGCUGGAGAAGAGAGAGUGAUGAUGAAGAAGAUGGUGAUAGACGAUACUAUGAAUCUCGAGAUAGGCGCGAACGAGCAUAUAGGGAUGAAUUAGAUCGUUAUAGUGACCGACCCAUAAAAGAAGAUAAAGAUAGAUUGCAUUCAAGAGACAAACGUCGAAACUACGGUGACAGAUCAAAAGAGUAUUAUCGGAGCUAUGAUGAAGACCCUUACUAUGGCAGAGGAGACAGGUCCCAACCAGUAUCACGGUCUAGUAGUAUCAACAACCUAGACAAUGACGGUGAACGGUCCGUUCACUCCCAUCGAUCUCGUCACGACUGUUACGACCGACACGACCGUCGGGACUCCCACUCAAGGGACUCAGAUCCUAGGGACAGGGAUGUCCCUUAUACCAGAGAUGGUAGAGAAAGAGACUUCCUUCAACGGGGAUGGGAACCUAGAGAAUCCCGAGAUCGGCGAGAUCCUCGCUACUAUAAUCAGAGGGGCGGUUAUCAAGAGGCAUAUGGUUCAAGAGAGAUGUAUGACCAAUAUCAAUAUUAUUAUCAUUAUUAUCGAGAUCAUCCAUACUAUAAAGAGUAUUAUAGACAAUGGAUGAAGCAGUAUGGCCAGGCUUACCCAUCUGAGUCCUUUUAUGAUGACCGCACCAGCAUCCACUCAGGUCGUUCCUCUGUAAAUGAUGAACUGAAGAAGUCAGUCAGCAGUCCACGUGCAGCCUAUGAUCCUUAUGGAUACUAUUACGGCCACAUGAGUCAGCCCCCGUAUAACUCAAGCCAAUUCACCCAAGAUUUCCAUGGAAGGUCUUCUGUGGGGGCUUAUGAGCCCUCUUUCAUAUACCCUGAAGGGUCCUUCUCCCAGCUGAAGUCCUAUGCCAGUGGUGAAUUAAGUGGAGUCCCAUCAGUGGCAGAUGAUACCACAAGUGAAGCUCCCCAGCGUAUGACUCCAGUCCAGUUUGGCAGACCACACAUAAAUGCCCAAUUCACCUUUGGUGGUCAGCUGGCCUUGGUGCUGCCAAAAGACCCAAGGGAUGGAGAAAAGGCCUUAGUACAAUUGCGUGAUGUGCAGAAGAUGCUGUGCAUGGACCCUGGAAUGAACAGAACUAUUCAGCAGAUGAAAAACUAUCCAGGACCACUUACAUUAUCAGAUACUCACAAGGAUGUGGUGGUCAAGUACUGUGAGCAACAGGUUGCUGAGGCUGCUAGAAACCUAAGCUUACCAGAUAAGGAAUCAGUUAUGCUCACUUGGGAGUAUCUAGCUUUGUUGGUUAAACAGAACGGUAAACUUUAUGGUAGUGAUGUAGCGGGACUGUUACUGAAGGGCCGGGAAGUAACUGCUCAGCCACAACACAAUAAUACACAUGUGCAACCAGAGAAUCUGGCCCCAGAGAAUCUGGCCUCUGAGGCAGGUCCACAGGACGAAGGUACAGAUGUGCAGUCUCAAGCUGUGAUCUCAACACCAGAGAGAGAUGAAGCAUUACUGGUCAAAAAAUUCACGGAGUACCUGUGUCUGGGCCGAAAACGAGAAGCUGUGGACUAUGCUGUGCAAGAAGGAUUAUGGGGUCAUGCUCUUGCCCUGUCGUACAAGAUGGACACUACCACCCACACCCGUGUGUUAGCUGCGUUCUCUAGCUCCAUCCCAUCUACCGAUGUUUUGUUAACACUCUUUCAACAGUUAUCAGGAAAGAGGCCAGAAAUCACCAAGACUUACACUCCACUUCAAUGGGGUGAUUGGCGGCAACAUCUGGCAGUAAUGAUCUCCAACCCAACGGGACAUACACAACGAGAUCGGGCAUCCAUAGUAACCCUAGGGGACACUCUGGCCACUCAAGGACAGCUUUAUGCUGCCCAUUUUUGUUACCUUAUGGCUGAAGUUGAAUGGGGUUCAUACUCUAGUAAGGACUCUAAACUUGUCCUCAUAGGAGCUUCUCAUCAACUUCCUUUCCAGGCCUUUGCUACUAAUGAAGCCAUACAGUGCACUGAAGUGUACGAGUUUGCUCGAUCCCUUGACAGCAGCAACCCGUUACUGGAAACAUUCCAGCCAUACAAACUUGUUUAUGCACUUAGGUUGACAGAGUAUGGCUUUCCAACUGAAGCUCUAAGAUACUGUGAGGUGAUCAGUCAGUUGGUAAGCAAAACUCCAGCAUCACAUCAGACAGACUUCCUUUCCCAGGUGUAUGACCUGGCCUCCCGUCUCAAGUAUCAUGAUCUUCACUAUCAGAUGUGUCAGGGAGAAGUAUCAGAAAUGCCAGAUCCACAAUGGCUUACUAAUCUUAAAAGUGUUAUCAAUUUAUCAAAAGCACAUAUAUCUCAAACAGCAACAGAGCAAGAUAACCCUCAAACUCUUCAAGACCAUCAGGUGGUUCAGGAUUCUGGUCUUCAAUUAGCCGAUACAACUGACCAUAAUCAGCAAGUACCAUAUUCAUCUUCUGGAGUGUACCCAUCAUCUUUUACUAAUUCAGAUAAAUCCUAUCAUCACAAUAUAGAUAAUACCAGUGGAAAUUCGUACUCACAAGAGCAAGACAUAGGACGAGAUGCCUUUGUUGGACAAGCUCCCCCUGCUAAUGCAGUGGAUGGCGUGCAUCAAAACAUGUAUGCUUCAAAUCACCUAUUAGAUUCUCAGUCACCAGUAGAACGAGUAGAUGCUCAGUUACCUAGUGAAGCUGGACAACCAAGUGAUAUGGUGAAUCCUUCCAAGGAGAAUGCAUCACUUGGUGAAGUUUCUAUGAUGCAACCUCCUCCUCAGGAUCAGAUGCAGUACAUGUACAGUGGUGGAUACUUGUCAGGAUACCCUGAACAGGAACCUAUUGCUUCACUGUACAUGCAGAGAAGUUCCUUAGAAGUGACACAUGGCAGCCUUCCACCAUCUUCUGAUGUGAGUGGAGAACAAAGGCCUGGUAGUGUUACAUUGUCACAACCCAGUAGCUUGAGUAACUACCAGUCAUAUCAAACUUGGGAGCAGCAUCAACAAGUAAACACUGAUGCACCAGGACAUAUGCCACCUAGAUCACCAGAACCUACAGAGUCGGAGCUUAGUGCUCACUCUCAGAGAACCCCAGAGGAAGAGGCAUAUUGGGCAGAAAUGAGUGGGAAAAAGGAUGAGGAAUGUGAUGAAUUUGGAGGGGACGUGUAUGAGUAUGAAGAUGGUGAGGAAAUAGGGUCUGGAGAGCCAGACUUUGAGGCCAGCUUCCAGUUGCGCUACCGUCACCAAGCCUCUCUCGUGAGCAUCGGGGACACUGCCGACAUCACAAGUACCGUCCCCUCAUCUCCACCAUCGCCGUUAUCGUCGCCUUCACCACAACCAUCACAUUCACCUGCAUCAAAUGAGUGUGAAAAGCCUUUGGUCAAAGGAUUUCUUCCUCUGGCAUGUCCUAUGGGACCAGCUGCUUCCACUCCUCUGUUUCAGCCACCUACUCAUCCAUCAUCACAAAUGUCAAGUCCACCUCCUCCACUACUGGGCCCUAACAGUCACAUGACUCAGAGCAUGAACAGUGCAACAGAUACCUCAAGUAAAGAUAAGUCAGUUGAGGGCAAGGUAAUGGACAAAGAUUUGGACAAGUCUCAGGAUAAAAGUGGGGGAUGGUCCAUCACUUCUUUAUUUGGCUGGAAGAAAUCUAAACAGGCAGUGCUUCCAGAUGAUAAGAACCCCACUAUUAUUUGGGAUGAAGAGAAGAAAAAAUGGGUGAACCAGGAUGGAGAUGAAGAAGUGACUUCUCCUCCUCCACCACCUCCUAAAAGUGUUCUUGGUGGUCCUGGUACUUCACCUCAUAUGAUGACAAGAGGUGGACCUAGAAAAUCACGUUACGUUAAUACUGAGAAAGAUGCCCAGGGGAUGGCAGGAGGAAUGCCUUCAAAUCUUCCGAAUCCUAUGCUGCUCCCUGUGCCAGGAGCACCCAUGAACAUUAAUAGUCCUUCUGCUUCCCAACCAUUGAUGGUUCCAGCACCAUUGCCACCCCCUAAGGAAGACAGAGAUGCCACUGGAAGUAUCCCACAACCACCACAUAAUGUUGGAUAUCAAGAACAUCAUCAGUUACCAUUACCACAAACUUCUCCAGGUCCUGCCCCAUUACCAGAGAUUGUCCAGAUGAGGAGAUCGCGAUAUAUUUCUGAAAGCUCCAUUGAGUUUGAGGAUGACUUGCCAGCAGCCAUUACUGAGGGGACAUUGAGUGAAGGCACUGAAGGGAAUGGGUCAGUGCCUAUGAUGGGCCAGCCAAUUGGUCAACCACAAUUCUUUAACCCUACACAGUUUAAGACAUCUACUAAUGCCAACCCCAGCCAAACUAGGAGACCUGGGCCUGGGAGGCGAUCACUUCCUGCAAGACGAUAGUAUCUGAAACCAUAAUUUUUAUGUGAUUCAUAGUUUUUAUAUUAGGUUUACAUUAGCAAAAUUUCAUGAAGCAUUUAAUUCUGUACCUCAGUGCAAUAAAAGCCCAUGUCAGUUUUCAAAUAUUUUAGGUGACCACAUUAAGUUUAAUAUUUGGCAGUGUUGUAGUACCAAUAUUAUAUCAGCAAUAGUUGUAUUUUGGAAGUUUAUCCUCUGACUAUUUCAAGAACUAUUAAAUUAGUAAUUAAGGUUGUGGAUAAAUAUAGUAAUCAUGGAGUACUGUACGCAGAUUUUCUCAUAAUUCGACCAAUACACAGAAAUUAUUAGGUAUUCAUCUGUUCAGCAUCAUUAUUGACCAUGAAACAAAAUCUGUCUCCAGGAAACUUAAAUUUUUAACAUAGUCUAUUGUUGCACUGAGGUCUUAAGUGAAUGACUGUAAAUUUAAAAAAAUAUAUAUAUAUAUUUAAAAUGCAAAAAUUAAUAUGGUAUCAAACAAUUAUGUCCUAUUACAGCACUGCUAUGUUUGAAUAAGACCAGCUUUGUUAUGCCGAAGUGGUGAGAAAAUAAGAUCCAGCACCAUUGCCAGAUCUUUCUUUCGUCUUUCUUUUUUUUUUUUUUUUUUACUACUACUUGACCUUAUUACUCUGAUAUGUGAUACUGUUAAGGACCAGAGGCAAGCUUAUGUCCAGAUGGUUGUGGUGGUGUCAUGGUUCACUAUAAAGCUUAUUGUAUUAUAUUGUAGUGAAUGUAUCCGUUCAUUUUAUCCCUGCUGGCCCCUGGACAGUAUUUUAUUGUAAAUUGUGUUUGUUGCAUAUCAUAAGCAUCACUGUCCUAUUUCUUUGUUUUAGUAGAUUGUUUUCACUGAUAUGGUCGUAUGUAUUCACCACAUUGAGCAGGUAAAGUGCAAUGAUAUCUAUUACCCAAGUACAUUUUGUUAAAGAUAUAUGAAUAUUAGUGUUCUUUUUGUGCUGUUCAAAUUGUCCCAGCUUUCAUUUGUGCAGGUAUAUAUAUAUCAAAGUUAAAUUCAAAAUUUUUAUGCAAUAUCUAUGUAUUGAAUGAAUAUAUUGUAUAGCUAUUCACUAUUCAGUGCUUGUUGCAGUUUCAAGUCUUUCAGACAUGAUUGAUACCUGACUGCUCAUACAUGUUCCAGUGUGAAAUUUUUUUAAGUAAAUGGAGAUAUCAGAGGUGUUGAUAGUGGCUGGGAGUCAUGGUGCCAACAAGUCAAUCCCCUACAUUUAUACCUCAAUCAGCUCUAUGUAUUUGAUUGAAAUUGUCACAAAGAAUACCUAGUUCUGUGCAUGCAUGAUUGAUUAAGAAUACCCUUCAUCCUUGCAAUAUAAAAUAUUUGGAAAUUUCUUGAGGUAAAUGAGUGGUGGGUUACUAAGGAAUGAUGUACAGUGGAUGAUUGUGUUCAUUGAAAUUUGAACAGAAGGCUACUGCAGUUUUUUGGAAUUUCCUUCUAAUAAUCUCUUUGACAAUGUUAAUAGAUACUGGUUAAUUAAUGAUAAAUAUAUGUAUGAAUGUAGCAGGUGAUUGACCGUUAAAAGGAGAAAAUACUUGAGGGAAAAAGUGUAUACUUAUUUAAAAGGUGUUUAUUCACAUAUUUUAUAGUAGUUGCAUGUUAUGAUAUAAAUUUUAUUGUAUUAGUUGAUUGUAUAUUGGUUAUAUAGCCUUAUUUUAUGGUGCAUUUCUAAUGGUUGUAGUUAGCUUAAUGAUUGAAAAACAUUUAAAUGACACUUCAAUUGUCUCAACUAUUGAUUCGAAGAUUUUGGUCUAAAUUUAACUUUAAGCAAUUGAUUCUGGUUAAUGUAAUUUGGAGUAAAGCUGGAAGAUAAUUUACCUUCAUCUGUAGGUGCUUUGUCUGCUAUGGUACUCAUUUAUUCCGUGGUUAUGAAGGGUUUGGUAGAAAUAUUUAUAUAUUUUAGUAGGGAAAUUUUUUUUAGUAGCACUUUCCUGUAGAAUUGCUCUGAAGUCUUUACUCAACUGAGAUAAAUCAUUUACUAAUUUGUUAGAUUGCUAACUUAAAGCAAAUUACUGGAAGAAUCGAUCUCCCUUGUGAUGGGCAGGAUUGAGGUGCCUGUUGUGUGGCCUCAGCACUGAAGCUUGGAUAGUUUAAACUUCCCUGUUGUAUAUUAGAAUAUUAUUUAGCUCUAUUUUAUUCCUUUUUUGUUAGUAUAUAAGUCCCAGCAACUUAUUUUGAAAGUGAUGAAAAAUAUAAUGGUAUGGGUAUAUUUAAAAUAUUUUAUGUACAUAUUGGUAUAUUAAUAAAGUAUAUGUUCCCCCCUC